AUUAAUAUAUGCCAGCUGCAUCUCGCUGUGUGGUUGAAUCCUAGAUGCGGGAUGAGGGGCGACACGCCGACGGACUAUCGAUCUGUGUGGAGCUGUGGUCUUCUGUGUACUAGUGCUCAGGGUUUUAGCGCCGGGAAGUUCCCUUCAGAUCACAUCUAGGACCACGGCAUCACCCAGCUGGAAGUUCUAGGAUAUUCCUGUUGUGUAAUCAACAUGGAAAGAAUGAAGUAAUCGGAUUUAUUUGUUCUCGUUGACGAACUGUAGAACUGGGGAGGACGUCAUUAAGGAGAACCAAUAUGGAGUCCUGUACGGAGAGUCUGGUCCAGGAGUUCAGGCCCGAGAGUCUCGGUCUGAACCAUGACAACCCCUCGGACUUCGUCAGACCACAGUGGCCGAUCAACCAGAAGAUUUACGUGGCGUACCGGCUGAUGAUUGCCGCGGGAAUGGUGGGCUGGAUAAUCGCUGAUGUCAUGUACGAGACAGAAGUGUUUUAUAGUGAUCGGAGGUGGCUCUACCUCAUCUACGCCACCAACUGGAGCUUCAUCCUUCUGGGAUUGACCGCUAUUAUCCAGGCGGUCUGCGUGACCUUCUACUCGUGUCGAACUGACUGGACACUGGAUCGCCAGACGUUUGAGAGGAUGCCACGCUCGCUGAAGCUCCAAUGGGGACUACAGAACCUCAGUUACAACUCGGCUGUGGUGGUGACCAUUUCUUACUGGGGAUUUCUCACCUUUCUUGACACGUCCAAGAUCCUGACGUCCGACAUGAGUCGCCUCAAGCACACAUUAAAUACCACCUAUGUUGUGCUUGACCUCCUAAUCAGUGCCGCUCCAGUGCGCCUUCUCCACAUGUUGUUCGCCAUCAUGCUCGGUUCCAUUUACUCCCUGUUCAACGCCAUAUACUUCCUGAAUGACGGGACCAUCCUACAGGGGCGCCAUUACGCGUACAAUGUAUUGAACUGGGAGAAUCCUGCCGAGGCAAUUGUUACGUGUGUGCUAUGCAUAGUCCAGGCGAUUCUUAGCCAGUUUAUUCUCUAUGAAAUUUACAAACUCCGAUCAUGGAUAUUCAGUAAGACUUAUUUCGACAUGGCGGCGAGUCGGGACGGUUCGGAAAUGCAGAGUAUUAUGGCCGACAGUCCGAAAUAUAUGACCCUUGACGAGAAAAGAGAAGCAGAGGAGCACGCGACACAGUGACGUCAUAUUCACGCGCGCUGACGUCAUACAUACUGUAGCCAUCUAAAUAAAUAUAUAUAGCUGAUUCAUUGUGUCUCAAUUUCAAAGGAAUCGUCUCUAUUCAAACUUAACUAUUACAAAAAAUGAGCAAACUGUAUCGAUAUUAACUAUUAACUUCAUACAUCUAUGAACUGUUCAUAUUGUUAUAUAUAAAAAAAAACGUUCCAGAAAAACUGUUUUCAUGAUUCAAAGUCUAUACAAAAACUCAAAACGAGGUUAUUCUAUAGUAAUAUAUAUACUAGAGUUAAAGCGGUGCUAAAAUCAAGAUUGUUUUCACAAAAUGUUACUUAUUUGCAAUAUUACUAAAUCAUUGAAAAUUUCGGGAAAUCCUUAUCAUCUUCCGUUGAGUGUAAACCAUACAGUAUUGUACCGAAACUGAUCAAAAUUAUUGUAAGUUUACGGAAUUAAAUUACAUUUUCAACGGUUUUUUAAGGAAUACAUUAUCCAUAUAAAGUACAUCAUAAAUAUCUUUUGUACAACUGUAUAAGUUGAUAAAACUCUUAGAGAAAGUGGCGUUAACAAAACUCAAUACACCACAAUUGCUCCAUUCAUUCCAAAGGGGUAUUACUCAGAUAAUUGAUGUACCAUUCCUUUUACCAGCAUCAUGCCUGUCAACAAUAUAAUCAUUUAAUGUUCAAAACAAAUGUUAUGUAUUCCUUUUCAUUGCGUGUGACAGUGUUAUAGUAUUUUUGAUGGAGUUGUGAAGAUAUAUUGUCAUUACUGCCUUCAAUGAUGCUUAAUACAGCGACUAACUCCUUAAUGUCAAUACCUUAACUUCCGCGAAUACAAAACCAGAUUGUAGUCUCUAGUCACCUGCUACCACUAGCCCUCCACCACGGGGUCGCGGGUUCGAGACCUACGUGCGACAGUCACCAGGUUCUGGCUGUAGGUCGGUGGUUUUUCUACGGGAAAAUAACUGAUAUACACUUCCUUCUCGAAUUAAGAUAAAAUCCAGCGACAAUGGAAUCUUACCCAAACGUCAACAUCUCUACGUCAUAAGACUGGCAGUAGGUUGGAUCUAAAUACCCACUGCGUGUCUUAGGUCGGUUGAUAAGAAUAUGAUUGGCUUUUAGACGUCGAUCUUAGCGGUAUAGAUAUACGAUUUAUUUGUGGAACGUGGGAACGAAUGAUCGAUAUUAUUAUCACUCUCCAGCGAUGAUAUUGACAGGCAAAGCACGACCGUUCUAAUAUGGAUACGAUUUAUUAGAAAAAAGUGUGGUUUGCAUAAACGGUCGAUAGUAUAGACAAUGACAACCCAGAACGUUGUCUUUAAAAAAAUUACCAUCUGAUAGCAUUUCGGUGUAUGAUUAGUGUCAUCUAUUUCACGACGAGUCAGUUGUUCGAUGUUUAAUUGAGUCGACGAUUUCGCUAAAAAGAACAUCGAUACCCGGAUGUUCAAAGCGUUCCUCGCUUAACGAGUUUGAGAUCUCCGAUUGUGAAAUGAGAUUUUUGAAAAAUGUCUCAAGAUUUAUAAACGACUUUUUAUUUUUCAAAUAUAGCUUUAUGCAGUUAUGACUUUUAGUGUGAAUAUCGAUUUAGAAAUAUUACUUGAAAACCUCUUUAUAUCAGUUAUUAUUUGCUGAGUUUUCCUGUAAAAAUUGAUCAGCCAAGUGGAUCAAAGAAGAAGUAUACACUUCUUUCCCUGAACAGCUGUUCCAUUAAAAUGUUGCCUCGAAUGAGCUCUAAAUAUGUCUAUAUGCGUGUGUACGGUCUUGUGCAAAGUAUUGUGAGUGGCAUUGUAGUGCAGUGUCCUAGUGAAAAUGCGCAUGCGCCAUUUACCAUUUCAUCAAAAAUAGCACUUGAGGUUACCACACUAUUUUACAAAAGAAAAUGAUGCCAUUAAAGCACAUAAUCAUUAAUGACGAGAAAACAAAAAUUGUAUUGUAAGAUAACAAUGGUGAUAUUAUUAAAUAACAUUUUAGCCUUGUGGUUGACAAAUCAGCAUAUGUCAUUGUCAAGUAAAAGUUGUAAUCCUAAGAAUAGAGAGUAACCGUUCUAACCAAGCAAUUGACAAGAUUGACUCCUUUGCACCGCGUUUGUCGAGUUAGGAAGAAUAUCAGGCAAGGAUUUACGAGUUAUCGUUCUUGGCUCGUGAUUGAAUAGAAGAUAUGUCUAUCGAGUUAGCAUUCUAUAUCGACGUUAGGCAAGUUAGUUACCAAGCUCAAAUAUUCAAAUUCUAGCAUUGGCAAGCUAGCAUUCCAACAACAAGAUUUACUAGUCAGGGAGCGUUUUAGGAAUUAAUUGAGGCGUUGUAACCCUAGCUACCCUGUAUAAAGCUGGGGAGCUGGCACUGUAUCGCAAAAAUUGAGGUAUAGCGUUCUAGCUAUGACAUUGUCACAACUUGUUUACUGGAAGGUUGAUCAUUUAUCUAUAAGGGAAAUUCAACAUUAAUCUCUCAGUGUUUAUACAUGCUAUGAUAAUUAUAUAUUAUUAUAUAUUCUCAAACAUAUAAUGUUUGACAAUCAUUGAAUGUCUAGAGAUGUAUUUUUUCAGAAAUAUUCGAAUCAUAUUACAUUACUGUGGUGUUUUAUUUUUCCCUCUCGUAUUAUUAAAAAUUUGA